ACUUUCUGCCGCUUCUAGACGCAAGCAUUAAACAUUAAGGAGAGAGUAUUUUACUUUUGUUAACGAACACAUAAGAGCUUCGAAUCGGAAGAGAUGACUGAAGAUAUUGACGAAGCGAUGAUGAAGACAUUUGUACACAGGAUGUUCAGGAAGAGCGAUAACAUUGGGUAAGUUGAGAAAGAUGUUUAUUUUUGUCUUGUCACAAACGUGGGACAAAGAAAAAAUUCUGAGUACCCUAUGAGGAAUCGAACCUCAGACCUUCGGAUUCCGCGCUCCGAUGCUGUACCAACUAGCCACAGAGACUCCACGGUGAGCGAGGUCUGUUACGAAGUUCAUAUGACUCGCGUCUUGCGUACUGCUAGGAUCAGCAAUGUCGAUAGCGUAAUGUUUGUAAAUAGAAGUAAGAGAGAUGGUAAGUUUUUGAGCCCGGUAAAGAAAUAGAAAUAGAUGGUUUUUUUUCGUCUUGUCACGAGCUCGGGACAAAGAAAAAAUUCUGAGUACCGAUUUAGUGACUAUCGAUUUAUUCCCUGUUGUCCUGAGACUUCUCGCAAGAGUCUUUUUCUGAUCUUCCCCUUUCCGUGUCCUUUGUAGCUCUGUGUUGGUGUCCCUGGCCCUAAAUUGUAAAUGUUAAUGGUCCAACCAUGAUUCCCACAGUAUUAUAGAAGAGUUCCUUUACUUUAAAUUCUCAAACAAACUUUGUAUGUUUACUCUCGGCUACCUCCUUUGAUCAUAUUCAGUUAUCUUAAAAAAGAUAAGACCUGUGACAGAUCCAUUUUGGAUUAAUCCAAUGUUCAAUUUUAGUUUCCUCGAUUUUUUGAUGCAGGAGGCUAACUGUCAAAUCAUUACGUCAUCAAUUUCUUGAACACCUGGGAUUAGAGAAACUGGAAGCUGACCAGAGGGAAGCCUUCAAAAAGACUGUGCAUAAUGUCUAUGCUUUUUAUACUAAUAAAAAUCAAGGGCAAAGUGAAGGUGAUCAAGGUGAAUUUGAUAUAAAUAUACUUACUUAUAUCUAGAACUUUUUCAAGGGUGUGAUGCUAGAGAAGGUAAUUCAAGGGUUAAUAUUGCAAGGUAGGGUGGGGGCUGGGGGUUAGAAACUGUAAAUGUUGUGAAAAGAUAGACAGGGUUGUACCUAGGAGUAACAGUCAAUUGUAUACUGUGGCCACCAAGGUAAGGGUAUCUUAGGAAAAAGCUCUUGUGGGUGACAGAUUGUCAUGAAUAACAGUCAUUCAUAAGACCUCAAAUCUAUCUCUACUCUUACUCCAACUAUCACACUUAAUAAUUAAAUGGAAGAAUGGCUUUCAGGUGGUGAUAAGGAGAGUGUUAAAAAACAGUCCCCAUUUUCAAAAUAUACUUUCAGUGUACAUUUCCAUCAUUUAAAUAAUAUUUUGACAAAUAUUCUAGUUCAAAUAGAUCAAGUCAUCCAUGAUUAGCUUAGCUUGAAUAUAUCCAGAGCUGUUAGACAGGGACAGUAGCAGCUGGCUACUUUCAUCUCAUUUUAUUGUCAUUACUGAUGAAAAACUGUGCAAUGAUUGAAAUACUAUCUGAAAUUUUUGAAAGAGCUAUUUGUAAGUUUUGAGAGGAACUGAGUUAUAUGAUAUAUCAGUGACAGUUUUGUAAGUGUACAUAUUGCCAUGUUUAGCAUAUACUCAAUGGUUGGUGUAAGCAUGGUGUGAUGCUGGGACAUUUUAGCUGGAGAGGUCUUAGUCUUGUUUGAAAUCUGUUGAAACAAGGUCAGGAUAACUAGGUUACUUAUAACUUCUUAUUUGCCAUCUAAAGGUUCUUUCAAACUUUUUGACAGCCCUUCACAAAUUGGAAACUUUUAACCUGUAUGAGCUUUGUUUUAACAAGAAGUGUACCUUGACUUGAGUUACAUGCAAGAACACUGUUUACUUAGUUCCUAGCUUAUAAAAUAUUGUUGUUCAUUAGAGUCAAGUGUGGAAGAUUCCCAGACAGCUGAUGACUCAAGUGAUGCCACAACAUCCACUUCAUCUUUCAAUUCAAAGCAAAGGAAAAGAAAACACUCAAUAGACAACAAAAAGGGAUCAUCUAAUGUGCAUGAUACAAAUUUAGGUGACAUUUGUGACAAUGAAAUACUUGAUAACACCAACGAUUUGUCUGGAGAACAAUACAAAGAACAAAGAGAAGCAAAUGAAUACGGAAAAGAAGCAAUGGACAAGGAAAAUAUAGAUCAAAGGAAUACUGUUUCAAAUGGAAAAAGUUCACAAAAGCAAAAUGGAAAGUCUGCAUUGAUUAUGAUAAAAAGUAAGGACAAGGAGCAAAUCAAGAGGUCUCCAUUUAAGAAGAGAAAAAUAUCCCAGGACAUUGAUGAUGAUCCAGAAAUUGAUGAGGAAAGAAGAGAAGAAAAGAGUAUACCUAAAAAGGUGUUAGUGGAAAGUGUUGAGGAUGCAGAGGUAUCCAAUGAUGACAGUGAGGUAGUAAGGAACAACAAUAUAUCUAAAAAGAAAAAGACAUUGGAGAGUGAUGAAGAUGAAGAACCUAUGGAAUCUAACCAUGACAUUGAUGAUGAAAUACAUAAGCAAACACAAGGAGGUGGAAAGAAAAAUAGUCAUGAAGCAGACCAAAGUGAUGUGAGGGUGAAUGAUGAUGAUGAUGAUGAUUCAUGGAAGGGAAAACAGAAAGGGAAGUCAGAGGUAGCUGAAACAUUAUUAUCGCCAGACAGAAAGGGAAGAAGAAUGCUUGCAUUAAAUUUUGGGGCACUGUUUCAAUGAACCACUUUCAUAUUGCUUUGCAGAGUACUUAACUAAGUUCACUUAAUGAGCAAGUGUUCACUUGUUCUAAAUAUUUACUGAAGAACUUAAUGUAAAAAGUUUUAGCUCAAGAAGCUUGAAUUGUUUGUGCUCUUCAAACUUUUAUGGGGGCUUCCAAUUCUUAGCACAAACCAUGUUAAACAUCCAUCAAGAGUAUUUUUGCUUUAAGGGAAUAUUUUUGAAAGGUUUUUGGCAGUGGUAUGAAUAUGCCAAGACUUAAUAGACUGCAGGGCAAAUCAACUUCUAUUUUGGGCAAAACACCCAUUUGGUGAACAACUUCAAACACUUUAAAGAAAACCAGGUUCUUACUAUGAUGAACAAACCAACUUAUGACUUUUUUUGUCUAAUUGAGCACAUGAAAUUGCCAGUACUUUGUCUACUUGGGUAGCCUCAAGAUGACAAAAGUUUUGCCGUUUUAAGGGCCAUGUUGAUUUUUUGGCCAACAACAUGGGGUUACACUGAAUUGGCCAGCAAGACAAGUUGGUAAGUUCUUGCUCUUUUUCAUUGCUCCUCUCAGGAUUUGAAUAAGUAAAUUUCAUUGUUUUGCAGGAGAUAGGCUCCUCUAGAAGAAAGAAAAAGUCAACAUCACCUUCUGCAGACAGUGUUAGACUAAAAAACUUAAAACGUUUUGUUCGAACCUGUGGACUGCGUAAAAACUAUGUUAAACUGUUCGCUGCAUGUAAUUCCAUGUCUCAGAAAGAGACAGUUUUAGAAACAGUGCUGCGAAAGGAUACUGGGUUUGAAGGUAAAAUUUCAUUAAUAAUACUUAAUUUGGUCACAUAAUUAGUUUUUCUAAUUAUUAGACUGCAAAAUGCAUAGUUUUCACUGCUGCAUCCUCUGGAAAAUACAGGUUGGUUUAUUAAUUGUCCUUGUCUUUAUUUAGUAAAUGUUUAAGUGAUAGUAGGAAGUACUUUGGAUGGUGUAGGUUUGUUAGUGUAUAUGUAACCAUUUCUCUGUUAUUCAGGAAGAAUAUCGCUUGGUAUGUGUAAGGAGUUCAAGCAGGCCAGGGAGGAAGCAGAUGAAGUAGCUGAGCUUGAUUGUGGCAAUAUUAUCUCCUCAGGUUAGAAAGCAGUGACCUUAAACGGAAAAAUUGAGUAGCGAGUUCUCUUAAUUCAGGUGCAGGUGUCAUGGCAGAUUGAACGCAAAAUUGUAGGCCAUGAAAUUUCUUUCCUUGCAUAUUUAAAAAGAACCAUUUACCUUUCUCAAAUUUUAUUCAGAAAGAAGUUAUUUCAACCCUUGACGAUGUUCCCUAAUAUAAAAUGAUAUUCCUUUCAGCAGAGAAUGUCAGACUUUUCACGAAACAUAUACUUACUUGCCAUAUUGUUCAUUUUAUCUUUCAUUCUGAAUGCAGUUGCGUUGGGACCAAAGACCUUCUGCCGAUUAAAAGCUACUAAUUUGUUGAGAAGUAUUGAAAUUACUUGAGGUGCGCUCUAGAAAGAUGGAGAAGGCGCUGACACCUUAAAAAAUUUGUUUUGAGACGUUUUGAGUUAGCUGCAGCCAGAGUUAGGGUGUGACAUUUAAACAAGAUAAUUCAUAUCUUCUAAAGAUCAGUUUAGUUGGUAAAUUAGUUUAUUAUUUAUUACUUUAGAUGGUGGAGGGCGGCCAACUAGAAGCAGCCGUAUAAUAUCAGAUCGCAAGCCAACACCCAGUACCGUCCUAAACUCAAACCCUAAACUGUUCAGCCGACUUCAGGGAGUGGUUGAUAGUGAUUCCAGUAAUUCGGAGGACGAAUAUAAUGGAGGAAAGAACGAGCGAAGCACUUCUCCUUACAAGAACAGUGGUCAAGGAAACUCCAAAAAGAGACGAAGAAUUGAUAGUAGCUCAGAUGACGACGAGGAAUAAGCCAUUCAAGAUGUUUCUAACCAUUAUUUUACACAAUUUUAUAUACCAUUGUUUUAUCAGUAACAUACAAAAUAAAUCAAUUAUAACGAGGAUGGCAAAGGGUUGAUAUGUGACGCGUGAUUAGGGCCAAAUUUAAUAUGUGACGCGUGAAUUUACAGAAAGGCAAGCGUGAUUCGUAAAUUUAUGAAGGCGUAAUUCGCCUGAAAUAUACGUGACCCGUGAAUUGUUUCUUUCAUGCGAUAUAACCCCAAGAUUUCCCUGAAACCUUGUAGACAAGAAGAGGGAUUUGAAGUUUCCCCUUUGAUAUACGUCCCGCGUGAAUUUCUCUAAAAUUCGUGCGUGAAACGGGAUCAAGAUCCCCUCUGCCACCCUCUGUAAUGAAUACCAUCUUAGUGCGCUUGACCUUAAAGCUCGCGUAGUGCGAAUCAGUAAGUCUCAUAGUAGAACUUAUUAAUUCGUAGAUUUCUAAAUUGGUAUUUUUGUUAAGCUCAUUGAAUUUUUGGCAUUCAUGUCCAUUAACACCCUAUGGAUUCAAGGAUUUUUAUCUCUAUUGAAGAAAUCUGUGUUAAUCGCGGUCAUUUUUUCUUCAAAGUACUUUCUUGUUCAGGAGGGAAAAUUAUAGGCCUUUGAAUUGUACUGUCGAGUUUUUGUUUUGUUUUGUUUUUUUUUUCAGUUGUAUUCCACUGCGCUUUUUAGUUUUGAACCAUGUUAGACUUAUGCACCAUUCACAUCAGCGAAACAUGUGUAGUUUAUCAAUGUUUAACUGAAUGAAAACAGAAACGAGAAUUAGAAAACUGAAUUUCCCUUAUGCUUGAAGUAGUCAUUUGUAUUUUCAAUGUGCCAACUUGGAAAUCGACAAAAAUUGGUCUAAGCAGCUUCGACGAAGAAGACAAUUUUAAACUGUCUGACAAAAAACAGCUUUAAAAUGUGUAAGCUUUGGUAUGGUGGGGAUAAGACGAAUUCGCCUGUGGCUAUUUGAUGAGCCGAAUAUACUUCUCUCUGUCUUUUCAGAGCAACCUUGCUCCGUUAGCAUCAGGUCUGUAUCGAUUAACAAAUGAAGGAAAGAGGUGUUUGACCCUUAUGUAGUCAGAGGCCACUAUCUUGGGUUUUCUAGCAAGCGUCCGAAAUCGGACUUAACUAACCAAAAGUUAACGGAUAUUUGUUAACUCCUAGCGAUAGGCUAUCUGUCACUUUAAUGACUCACUUAUCGUUUUGGGUAUAAACUGAAGUCGUUUUGUUGGGCGUUGUAUUUUCAAACUUUUGUAGCUAUGUUGUUACUUUCAUCAUUUUUAGAAGUUUUGACGUUUGUUUAAUGUUAUUAAAGUUGUCU